UGUGGAUGGAAAGCAGGUCCCUUCUGUGUAACACUCUUCUAUUUAUAGUGAGAACAAAUCCCAGAUAUGAGAGGAAUCCUUCCACCACUUACGAGGCAGGGCGAGAGAGAAAAAGAGAGGGUGGAGAGAAGAGGAUAGGAGAAAGAAAAAGACGGAGAUGAUAACACGUGUUUGAGAGAUGGGUAGAAAAUUGCUAUUGAACAAGUGAGAAGUCCUACCCUUUCAAAUCAAGCAUUAGAUAAUACAGUAUUGUGUCAUCAAUAGGUCAGUGGACUUACCGGGGGGGAUUAUGUCCAAACCUUCGUCCAACGUUAAGGCCCUUCAGGCUAAUUUGAACAUCCCGAUGGGAGCUCUGCGUCCAGGGGCGGGACAUCCUGUCAAGAGGAGAGAGGAGACAGUAGACACAGAAGAGGCUCCUUUACCAGAGCAGCCCAGGGCUGCACCCCCCACACCGGAGGAGAAGAAGGCGAUGCCGGGCGCCGUGAAACUGCCCGGGCCUGCUGUUAACCUAUCAGAGCUGCAGAAUGUCAAGAGUGAACUACGAUGGGUCACCAAGGAAUAACAUGAUCCCCAAACAGGCGAAGGCGAAGGAGAGAUAAUCUUCAUAAACAGACUCGCCCACUGCCACUGAAGACUGAGCAAAUUACUAUCUAAUCCCAACAUGUUCGAACAAUAACAGCUUUUGAGAAGCCAAUGGCUGCAGAAAAUGUUCAGCGUUUAAUCAAAACCACCACCACGCAAUCAUCCAUUACCUCUUCUAUCAGUCCUCUAAAGGUUAAAGCACUGCAAAAAUAUUUAUCUUACCAUGUCAGAUAGUUGUGUCACUACUGUAAAUUCAAACUUGAAUCAUAGUUUGUACAAAAGUUAAUGUGAUAAAGCAAGAUAUUCUGGAUUGCUUUUGCUGCAGAUAAGGCUCAACCUAACUCAGACUUUAAGUAAGUGAGUUUUUGUUCAGAAUAAUUCUUUCUUUUUAAAAUUGUUUUGAGUGUUUUAAGUCUAAAGUAGCUGGCUUAGAAGGACCUUUGUUGACAUUUGUUGUACAUUUAAGGAAUCUACUUGACAAAAACCAAACUGUGAUUCCCCUUCUUUAUGAUGACACUUAUUUUCCAUACUGUCAAAACUCCAAACUAUUCAGCACUGAUUCAUUGUGAGAAUUUCAAUUAUAUUAUAAUUUCUAAAUGUUUAACAAUUUGAAAUGAUGCGAUGGGAGUUAAGUUCAACUGUACUGUUUUUAGGGAGGGGGAUUUUAAUCUUUUACUUGUUCUAUUGUUAUGAUUCCCAAAAACUGGUAUCUUUGUGAAAAUGUUACAAUAAAACAAUAUGGUUCUAAAUA